GCUUUCCUUGUGGUUCCUGAAGACUUUCACUAUAUAAUCGAAUAAGUAUCUGUUAGUCCUUCUUGUUUGCUUUGUUGUAGAUGAUUUGAAAGACCUCGAAAUGCUUUUCUUAAAUUUGAAGAUCCCAAAAUAUGUUCAGGUUUCAAUUCUCAUGUCACUCGGCGGAGUCGUUUUUGGGUAUGGAUUUUCUCUCAAAGUUAUCAGCGAUUGGUUACUAAUAUACCGACUUCACAUAGACUUGAUACUGGUACAAUUGGGCCUUUAACUACAAUGCCGCAAUUUUCAGAUACAUUUGGCGAACUUUCUUCUACACUUCAUGGAUUAGUUGUCUCAACGAUUUUAGUUGCUGCAGCCACCUCUUCAUUUUUUGCAGGUCAUCUCGCAAAUUCCAUGGGUAGAGUGAAAUCUGUUGCUAUUGGGGCUACUUUAUUCGGUAUUGGUGCUGCGAUAGAGGCUGGUAGUGUCAAGCUUGGAAUGCUGUUUGCAGGCCGGGCUAUCAAGGGACUCGGCGAAGGGUUGUUUAUGAGCACGAGUGUCGUGUAAGUCCUUCCUGUAACUGAAGUAACUCUCACUAAUCCCCGCUUCAGCUAUAUUACAGAGAUUUCCCCUCCCCAUUAUCGAGGGACUCUCGGAUCUAUUCCUCAGUUCCUCACAACUUUCGCGUUGUGUGCUGGGUAUUUCAUUUGCUACGGGAGUGUGAACAUAAACUCAUCAUUCUCAUGGCGUCUGCCCUUUGCAGUGCAGGCUGUGAUUUCAUUCAUCUUCGCGUCGACAACAAUACUACUUCUACCAGAAAGCCCACGCUGGCUAAGUUCUCGAGGCAAGAAGCCAGAAGCACUUGCUUCAUGGGAGAAGCUGGAAAUCGGGACCGCUGAUCGUGGAAAGCAUGAUGAAAAAGAGAUCGAUGAAAUACCACAGGCAGUCAAGAUAAGAGAUAUCUUGGAUACCUUCCAUAGAGAUGUGUGGAAGCAGACUUCACUCGGGGUAUUCCUGAACGCAAUGCAACAAUUAAGUGGAAUCGAUGGAGUUCUUUAUGUAUGCCCCCACUUCUACUUUAUCUCUCCUCAUCAGAGUUAAGCUAACAAAAACAGUAUGCACCCCUUCUCUUCGCAGCCGCAGGUCUCAAUUCCAACACGGCUUCUUUCCUCGCCUCUGGAAUUUCCGCACUCCUCAUUUUUCUCGUGACAAUCCCAGCUUUCCUCCUCGCGGAUAAAUGGGGACGAAAAUCCUCAACGACAGUUGGAGGUAUCAUACAACUCACAUGUAUGUUCAUAAUCGGUUCGUUGUAUGCAGCUGGCGCCGUACACAAAGGCCAUGGAGCCGCGCGAUGGGUCGUUAUAAUUCUCAUAUAUAUCUUCGCCAUGACCUAUGCAGCUACAUGGGCCGUGGCAUUCCGAGUUUACUCUAGCGAAAUUCAACCACCAAAGACGAGAGCGGGGGCUUCGAGUCUUGCCUUGAGCGCAAAUUUGGUAAAUGCUCUUCUCUUUCUUCUCUUUCCUGUCGUCCCCUCUAUCGUUUCUUGUAUUGUAUUGUGGCUAACUGGACGUAAAUAGAUCACGAAUUGGAUCGUGGCUUUUACAACUCCUAUCUUCCUUGCGAAAUCUGAUUUCGGAGUGUAUUUCCUCUUUGGUGGCGCGGCUUUGGUUACUGUUAUUUCUUGUGCGAUUUGGAUGCCGGAGACGAAGGGGAAGAGCUUGGAAGAGAUUCAAGGCGCUUUUGAGUAUAAGAGUAAGAGGGUGACAAUUGAGAUUAGGGAUUUAAAGGGUGCCUAG